AUGCAGAAAGCCACGCAGAAGUCGCAAAACUUCCGGAUCGACGCCCUGCUAGGCGAGGCGGCUCCCCGGGCGGCGGAGAGCCGUGCGCGCCCCGGGACGCCCUCGGCCGCGGGGCUGGGCUGGCCCCCCGCGGGGCUGGGCGCCCUGCCGCCCCCUCUGUACCCCCUGCCGCCUCUGGCCGGGCAGCAGCCCGCCCUGCCUUUCGCCGCCGGCUUCCCCCACCUGGCGCAGCCGAGCCCGGAGCUUUGGAAGGUCGCCGCGGUGGCCGCAUCGCUCCCGCUGGAGCAGUGGAUUGGCGCGGGGAUCGGGGCCCCCCGCUUCCCGGACCUGCACGCUGCCCCACAGUCUGGCCUCAUGGGAAAAUGCCGUCGGCCACGAACAGCUUUUACCAGCCAGCAGCUUCUUGAGCUGGAGAACCAGUUCAAGAUCAACAAGUACUUAUCGCGACCCAAACGUUUUGAGGUGGCUACUUCAUUGAUGCUAACCGAGACUCAGGUGAAGAUCUGGUUUCAGAACCGUAGAAUGAAAUGGAAGCGGAGUCGGAAAGCCAAGGAGCAAGUGGCACAAGCGGAGAAUGAGAAACAGAAGGGAACAAGCAAGGCUUCAGAGAAACUGCUGCCUAGAGAAACCCAAGGGCAGGAAGAGGAAGGGGAGAAUGGUGAUGAUGAGCUUAGCAGGCACAGUGCCAAUGUGGAAUUUUUGCACCACAAUGCCGACACCUUCAGCUACAGUCCAGAUUCUUCAUGCUCAGAGGAGGACGAGGACGUGCAGAGCUCCACCAACAGGGAGAUGAAUUUGCUAUUAUGA